CCACCACUUUUCUGUUUGAAAGGGAGUUGGAAGAAGUGAACGCUUAAAUUUCAUCACAAGGUAACAUCUCAGCUGUUGUAAGAAAAUAUAGAAUAAUUUGAUUAUUUGUCUUCUUUCUAAAGAUGAACAAGUUUMUUGUUGUUUUUCCACAGAUGCAGUCAAGUCUGGUCUUAGUGUUGCUCCUUUGUGGACUGGGGAUCAGAGCCGACGACAGCUGUACCCCAACAGAUUGUGAGAACUGCCCUCCUGGCUGGAAGCCCUUUGAAGGCCGAUGUUACGUGUUCCUGAAAGGUGAAGCGGAGUGGGCCGUCGCUGAGCGUCACUGCAACUUCCUGGGUGGAAACCUGGCCUCCAUUAGUUCUAAAAAGCAACACGACUUCCUCAGGGAGAUGAUCUUUAAAGACACAGGAACAAACAAAAGGACCUGGGUUGGAGCCAACGAUGCAGUAAAAGAGGGUGGUUGGUUGUGGAGUGACGGUACAAAAUUUGACAAGACGUACAGCUUCUGGGCUCCAGGAGAACCGGACAACAGAGGUGGAAAUCAGAACUGCAUGGAGAUCAACAUGAACGGUACAAAUUUUACUGAAGGUUUAUUUCUAGUUUUGUUUUUAUUGCCUGCUGCCCAAAUAUGAGUUGCAGGAAUAAUGUUUUACACACUUCUGAGUGUGUGUUCAUGUGUGUGUCUGUUAGAAAAAUAUCUUAUGAACCAGUCGACCAAAUUUAAUGAAGCUCUUUUAAAGAACAAAUAAAUCGUCUACAAAUAUUUAUGUUCUGGUUUGCCAGGUUUUCUCCAGUUGCUCCAGUUUCUUCGUACAGACCGUUUUAGUAUUUAGUGAAACUACGUAUUUUUACAAGUUCAGAUUUAUUUAACUCAUCAUACCGCGACUUGUACAAAUUUAAAAUUGGUUUCAGAAACAAACUAACAAGCAGUGCUGCUGAAUGUUGUCUUAUUCAACUUUAUUAGUUUUUAUCUUAAACAUUAUUUAGAAAAAACCCUCAAGACUCUUAAUGUUUAAUGUGUUUUGUUGUUUAACAGGAAAGGAGCUUUCCAAUGAUGCGAUCUGCAGCCGACGCAAUUCUUUCAUAUGUAGCAGAAAUCCGUAACUGAGUCCUUGUUUCCCGACACGAUGAUUUCAUUUCCAGCAGGAAGUCAAGCCUCGAUGACGUCACUUCUGGGAGACAAUUUGACACUUUGAUGUCUGAUGAUUCAAACUAAUAACUUAAAUAAAUGCAUGUUGAGUGAAAAAAA